GACGAGUUGCAAGAGUAAGAGACCACAGCUAACAGUCCACUCGAUCCCGCUUGGCAAAUAUUUCGAGAGAGUACAGUGCGCUGUCGGGUUCUAUCUUCCCUCGGUGACGUCUUCGGUUUUGAGUUUGAUGUUUGUCGUUGUACGGAGACACAAAACGUUCAACAGAGACUCUUACAGGACUAGAUGUGUUGAUACUUCUUGUGUUGGCCGAAGCGAGGGAUUCAUUAUAGCACGCUACCUCGUCAAGAUGGACACAGCAACGCUGAACACGAUCCGAAAGUCCAUCGAGAAGGAGAACAAGCUGAACCGCAAAUGGGCAGAUGAGGCACUGUUAAGGGAAACCCUGGCGCGUGCGAGGUCGACCGAACCCGCACCAAGAGAGGAGGUACAUUGAAUUCGUUUAAGAUACCGUGAUUAUAUCGCCGGAUGCAACUUUGAACUUCUUGUGCUAUGUGAGCAAGACCUUUCUGUUCUGCCUCGGAGGUUUUAGUUUUUUCAGUUGAUACAGUGGAUAAUUAUGCCCAAAUUAUGCCAGGUUACUACCUUCAACGUCCAGUCCCAGAACGAAGGCGCGCUGAAGCGAUGCAGCUCCGCCGAGCACUACCUGUGCCAGAAGAUGGGACUCGUGGAUAAUCCCUUUGACAAGCAGCGCAACCGGUCGCGCGGCAGCGGCAUGUCGAACACGGGGAGCACGGCCUUCACCAACCGAAAAAUGAACGAGUUCCCGCUCCCGGGAAACAUGACCAUUGAGGAUCUGCUUUACUUUGGAGUCAGUUGCGAGGGAGAGGGAAGGCACGCCUAUUUGAAGAAGCGAAAGGCGAUUGACUGGCAAGAGAAGAGCAGGUUCCCGCUCUUGGCGAGUCAGGAGGUAGCACUAACGGAUUCAGAAUUUGUUUCUUGUUGUUGCGCGGCACGAGAGUAGAGUGGGCUGAUCAUGUGGUUUCGCAAAAAUCUAAGUCGCAUAACGCACCGUUUUUUUUUUCGCAACCAUACAUUUCAACGUGAAAAAAUCAGGUCGGGUGGACGGUGAGGGAGUUGAAAAAGGAACCAUCUGCCUUUGCCCGCCGGCCGAUUGUCAUGAACUCUUUCUUUCGCAUGAAUGGUGUACCCUUGAAAAUGGACGCCGAGAAGGCCAAGAAGAAGAGUGCGUAGAGAUUGGAUUGCCUGAAUGUAGUGGCAGUGUCGUGCAACAGUCUUUCAUUCAGUUUUUAGUGUUUUGAACGCAUUUGUUUGUAGUUGGCUUCUCAAUCGACAUGAACAUCUUUUGUAGGAUUUGCACUUGCACCGUUUUAGGUCUUCUAUUAGAGGUUACAACAACGCAAUGGAUUUGGAUUUGCAUCUUCUUUUGUCUUUGUCAUUUUCAACUAAAAUGUACUUCUCGUUUGUAACAAUUUAUUCACUCAAUGUAGAGCUCACUGUUGGAACAUCAGCUUGAUUCAUUGCAUGCAAAUGUUUCUGAUGUCUUGACGUCACGGCAGCACGCCGAAAUCGUUUAGAAACGGAAACACGAAAGCGAAUGGAUCAUGAAGCAGCAGUAGGUGCCUACACUUUUCCAAGACUUGGUGUUAUUUUCCCAGCCGUUCUAGCUCUAGGCG